AUGAACUUUGCCCCUUACCAGGACGAAUCUCCUGAAGCUGGGCGGGCUCUGUCCCCUCCGGUCCCCGAUGCGCGCCGCGCGACACCUCCUGCCCCGACGCAAUCCCCCGGUCCUCUCCCUCCCCCGAAUCACUUCAGCAACAGCGGCGGUUUUGGCAACACUGGAUAUGGAAGAGAUGUAGAGGGUGGUCGGCUGAGCCUGGGGGCGUUCGAAACGAGCUUGCCUCUGCGGGUGGACUAUGAGGCCAUGCUGGCAUACCUGCUUCUUCCCCCGGCCGGCGGGUUGUUUCUGUUGCUGGUGGAACAUAAAAGCGAUUACGUCCGUCUUUUUUGGUCGCCGCGCGCAGAUCCUUCAUCUCCUAUUUUCGUGGUCGAGCGUUAUCUCAUGGCUCAUGUUUAUCGGCGAUCUCUUCCUGAUCGGUUUCCUCAGUUUGCAUGCCUAUCGAGAUGGUAA